CAAUGCUUCACCUCACGCACUCCCUUCCCAACAAUGAAGAAACCCACAGCAAUUUCAGUUUCAGGAUCGCCAUUUUCACUUUCCUUUCUUAUCUCCAUCUUCUUCCUUUUCUUCUCUCUUCCUGCAUAUGCCGAUGACGGAUGGUGGGAAGGAGACAGUCCUGUGGUGAAAAGAGCCAAUGAAAGAAUCCAACUUCUCAAAACAGAGUACGGUGACAUCUCCGCCGUUGAUUUCGACGAUGGCUCUCGAUUUGGACCUUACCAUCUUCAGUUCAUCACAUUGGAACCCAAUUCACUGUUUCUCCCUGUUCUUCUUCAUUCUGAUAUGGUGUUCUAUAUCCACACUGGGAGUGGGAGAUUGAAUUGGUUUGAUGAAAAUGAUUUGAAGGAGGUGGAUUUACGGCGGGGAGAUCUUUAUAGGCUUCAUCCAGGCUCCAUCUUUUACUUGCAGAGUAGCUUAGAGAUCGAACGUGAAAAGCUUCGAAUUUAUGCUCUGUUUUCCAGCACAGAUGAGGAUUCAUUCAAUCCUUCCAUUGGAGCAUACUCCCGCGUCACUGAUCUGGUUCGUGGCUUCGGCAAAGAAGUUCUUCGUAAAGCUUUCAUGGCCCCUGAUGAAGUAAUAGAGGAAAUAAUGACCGCGAAGAGGCCGCCGCUAAUCGUCCACGCUGCUGCACCAACGCCGAGCAUAAAGGCAAAGUCUUCGUCACCAUGGGAAUUUGAAGCUCGGUUAUUGAAAGCUUUUCUAGGAGGGGACGCAAGUGGGAUAGAAUUCAACAAGAAGAAGAAGAAGAAGAAAGGCAUAUACAACGUUUAUGAAGUAGACCCAGAUUUUGAGAAUUGCAAUGGAUGGAGUUUGACUGUAACCAAGAAAAACUCCCAUCAAUUGAAAGGCUCCAACAUCGGCUUCCUCGUAGUCAACCUCACGGCGGGUUCAAUGAUGGGUCCGCAUUGGAAUCCGAGGGCGUGGGAGAUUGGGAUUGUGACAUCGGACGAGCCGGGGGUGGUUCAUGUAGGGUGUUCGAGCACCUCGGCUAACAGUUCAAAAUGCAAGAAUUGGAGUUUUGUGGUAGAGAAAGGGGACAUAUUUGUAGUGCCAAGGUUCCAUCCAAUGGCGCAAAUGUCAUUCAACAAUGGAACAUUUGUAUUUGUGGGAUUUAGCACGACCAAUGGACAUAACAUGCCACAGUUCUUUGUCGGGAGUAGCUCUGUUUUGCAACUUGUGGACAGGGAAGUAUUGGCAUGGUCGUUUGAUGUGAAUGUGACAACGGUUGAUCGGUUAUUGAAAGCUAGAGUUGAGUCGAUUAUAUUGGAAUGUACUUCAUGUGCCGAAGAGGAAGUAAGGAAAAUGGAAGAGGAAGCUGAGAGAGAGAGAGAGGAGGAAGAAGAAAGAAAGCGAGAAGAGGAGGAACGGAGGAAAAGGGAAGAAGAGGAACAGAGGAAGAGAGAAGAGGAAGAGGAGGAACGGAGGAAAAGGGAAGAAGAGGAACAGAGAAAGAGAGAAGAGGAAGAAGAGGAACGGAGGAAAAGGGAAGAAGAGGAACGGAGGAAAAGGGAAGAAGAGGAAGAAGCAGAGAGAGAGGAAGAGAGGAAGAGAGAAGAGGAAGAGAGGAAGAGAGAAGAGGAAGAAGCACAGAGAGAGGAAGAGAGGAGGAGGAGGAGAGAAGAGGAAGAGAAGAGAGAGAAAGAGAGAGAAGAGGAGGAACAGAGGAGGAGAGAAGAAGAAGAGCAACAGCAGGAGGAGGAAGAAGCACAAAGAGAGGAAGAGAGGAGGAGGAGGAGAGAAGAGGAAGAGAGAAAAAGAGAGGAAGAAGAGAGAGAGAAAGAGAGAGAAGAAGAGCAACAGCAGGAGGAGGAGGAAGCCAAAAGAGAGGAAGAAGAAGAGAGGAAGAGAGAGGAAGAAAGGGAGGCAAAGAGAGAGGAGGAGGAAGCUAGGGAGAGAGAGGAAGAGCAUCAAAGAGAGAGAGGGAGGAGGCGGAGAGAGGCGGAGGAAAGACAGAGAAGACGGUGGGAGGAGGAAGAAGAAGAAGAAGAAGGAGAGGAGGAGGAGGAGGAGCAGCAGCCAGUGCUAAGAAUUUUGUCACAAUGGACUUGACAACAAAACGCAAAAAACACUCUCAAUGUCCGAUCCGUAUCCUAAUGAAUAACAAAAGGGAUAGAACAAAAAGAUGUCACAUUUUGUGUUAAACCGUUAAGUUUUCAAGCUUUGUCGUGUAAUGAAGACCUUCGUGAACCACGUGUGGCCCUUUGUUUACUUUUAAGAUUUUUUUUUUCUAUGUAAUUGGAUGUGAUGUGGAAUUUCAAAUUUCAUGAUUAAAGUAGUUGUUCAA